AUUGUUUUGGAAGAGUUGCGAGUUUUAAAAUUUUCAUGCACGAUAGAACUACCUAUGUAGAUGGAGACAGAUUGUACCAUUUGAUUAGGCGCAACAGAGGGGAAGUGUCAAUCAAACGACACAAAAAUAAAAAUGAAUACACUAAAAGCACCGUCACUUCAAUCGCUGUUGGACUCGGAUCGUGGCUCAAAUGACAGUCUUCUGGCCGAAUCGUUGCAAUUGGACCUGGAUGAGCUUGACGAUGCUGAAUACUCCAUUCCACAUGUUGAUAUGAUGCCAUCAUUGGAAAGUAUUUUAAGUGAAUUGGAUACCGAUUCUGAUAUAAUCUCCGAUGUAAGUGUUCGUAUCACACCAACGCCAUCAAUUGACGAUCGACCUAAAACUGGAACAAUGCUUAGGCAUGUUCUACUGCAAGGGGUCACUUCGCAGAUAACAUCUGCUUCGGAGAGAAUUAACUCAGGAUUGGCAACAUCUGUGGCUGUAUCGGAUAUGAUUGCGGUCGGUACAUCACACGGUCAUAUCAUGGCAUUCGAUAUACUACAAGCGCUGAGAUGGUGCUGUCAGGAAUAUUUACAGCAAGGUGCUGUUACAAGUCUCGCAUUUAAUGAAGAGAGUACUCGUUUGCUGGCUGGAUUUGCCAGAGGCUACAUUGUGAUGAUUGACACGUCAACGGGUGAUUCGUUACGAGUCCUUUCCGAUGCCAUAACACCGAAUAGCGGUGUUCUCAAUAUAAAAUGGACUGGAAAACCGACACUCGCACUGUGCUCGGACACCGGUGGAUCUGUGUGGUCACUCAGCUUCACACGACGCCUUGGCAAACGUGGCUGUGAUUCAAAGUGUUUGUUCAGUGGAGCUAGAGGAGAGGUUUGUUCAAUAGAGCCAUUGAUUAUCGACGAAGAAGAUCAUCCACUGAAAUCGUAUUGUAUCGUUGCACUGGCUACUCUGUCCAAAUUUUUUGUGGUUAUGAUUCGGCCACGGUUGAAAGUGAUCAAAUUCCAUCCGUUGCAAGGACCUCCGGAUAGUUUACCGUUGAUAUCGUGGCAAAUGGUAUUGAUUCAAUCGGCUGAUUCGACGCGUGUCAUUGAUCCCGUUUUGGCUGCAGCUCGCGGUACAAAUGUGUAUUUUCAUCAGAUCUGCAUUCAAUCGGGUAAAAUAUCGUUGUUGUUCCUGCGUCACAUCAGCUUGAGCUAUAGCUUGUUGGCUGUUCAUUGGAUGGGACCGAAGACGAUAGCAACGGUUGAUCGAAAUGAAAUGCUUCAUUUGACGGAUGUUCGAACGACCAAAGAAUCAGAAUGUAUUGAUAUUGCAAAUGCGGGACUUGUUUAUGGUUCGGCACAUUUCAAAGGUUUUGCAACCGGUGGCAAUGUGUCGCCGGCAUUUGCUCUGGCCGGAACAUAUGCAUGUUACAAUUCGGUUAUAUCAAAAGGAUCACAGCUGUAUGUGUUGGGUGCACGAAGUUUACAAUCGAUAAAUGUUCGCUCUUGGAGUGAUCGCAUCACGCAUUUAGCUCAGAAUCAACGGUGGUGUGAAGCAUGUUCGCUAGCUAUUGAGGGCUAUCGAAGUGCCGGCGAUCGUUCGCGACGAAAACAAAUGGCCAAAGAUCGUGUAAUCCAAUUGGUGGAAGAAUACUUGACGGCGAGUGCAAGAUGUCCUGAACUGUGCCUUAAUUCAAUCAUGGCUUGUUUAAUCGAAAUCCAAGAGUAUGAAAUGCUGUGGCAGGAGCUGUGGGAACGAUUGACCACCAAAGAUACUUACAUCAUUCUAUUAAGCGAACAAAUUGAGAAUGGAAAUAUUUCCUAUAUAUCACCAGUUGUGUCGCAAUGCCUGUGUGAAUAUUGGUUGAAACAAUCGCCCGUCAAACUGGAAGAGAUUAUUCUAAAGUUGGAUUGGCAGUGUUUGGAUUUGCAUCAGGUGCUAUCGGCAGCAAAACGGGAGAAACUCUAUCGUGCUCAAAUGCACUUGAAUACGGUGGCAUUGGGCGAUUAUUGCCUGUCACUCACCGAACUCAUACCACAAAUCACCCAUGAGAACGAUCGUAAUUUGGGCAACUAUUUGCUCGUGUACAUAUCAAGCUGUUUAUCGGGUCGCGGUUAUCCAUCGGGCUAUAUAAAUCCGGAAAUCAUUCAAAAUGUAAAGCAUGAAGUGCUGCGCUGCUUAACAUCCAUCCAUUCGAUUCGUGCUGUCGAAUCAGAGUUACCAUAUCCAUAUUUGCGAGCGUUGCUAAUUUUUGACUCACAGGAAACGUUAAACGUAAUCUCACUAGCAUUUCAAGAGAAAGAAUUCAGCGGUGAACUGGGGCAAUCCCAUCGACAGCGAAUCGUCAACAUUCUUCUCGACAUCAUGAGUCCUGAGCAUUUUCAGUGGACGGAAAUUGGUUGCCUACUCAAUUUUGUAGCCCAUGAAAUCGCUGCCAAUAAUCUACCUGAUGAUUCAGUGCUGCUGCAAAAGGUGUUGGACUAUGUGAAAAUGGAAAAAAUCGAAAAUGAAAGUGCACGCCAACAUUCGGAUCGAGAGCAAGCUUGGCUUGCGUUGCUUGAAGCCGAUCGCAUCAAUACACUAAGUUUGAGUGAGCAUUUGACAAUUGCUCGUCAAUCCAAGUGCUAUCGAGUGGUUGAACAUUUGUUGGAGAAACAAAAGUCAUUCAAUCAGAUAUUGGAUUGCUAUUUACUUGACCCACAUCGACACAACGAAGUCUGGAGUUAUCUGCAGCUACAAGCAAAUCGACCUGAACGAAAAAUCUUCCAACAAUGCCACGAUCACUUCGCCGAAUUGCUGCGCAUAAGUAGUGAAAAAGUUACACAAUUUAUGAUUGAAUUCUUUCCACGAAAUGUGGGCCAACUGAUUCGACUGCUCGCCGCCGACGAAACGAAUUUGUUUGCAUUUAUUUCGAUGCUGCUAAAGCAUGGCAUUAGCAUUAAUUCAAACGAUUGUGAGACGUAUUUGAAUCUGUUGUGCCGGCACGAUGUGAACAGUGUCGAUGGAUUCUUGCGCACAAACGAAAAUUAUCGCCUUGAAACGGCCAUUGAAAUCGUCAAAAAAUAUGAACUACAUGACUGUCUUAUCUACUUGUAUGAACGGCAAGGUGACAUCGAUGCCGCCUUUAAUUUGUCGCUAGAAAUGUUACAAGCAACGCCUGAGGGCAUGGCCGAAAACCGGGCAUUGGAAUUGAGUGCACUUUGUUCACGCUCAUUAGAUGUAUUAUCGAAUGGCGAUCGCGAAAAGCUGUGGUUCACCUUGAUCCGAACGGUUCUGUCGCGCAACGAUUUGAAUGCGAUAACGAAAAGUAUUUUACAUGCGGCCAGUGGUCACGUUGAUCUGACCAAUUUAGUGCAAUUAGUGUUGACUUCAAGCAGUGAAACGGGCAAUUUGGGCGAUAUCAAGCAUUUGCUCGUCGGUAUGUUGGCCAAUUCCAAGUAUGAAAUACUGUUGCAACAAACGACGGCUCGUAUUCUAGGCCAUGAUUUGCAUCGAAUGCUUGCACAAGAGAAACGAAUCGCAAAUCGUGGCUUAUCCAUCAAAUCAAUCAAAUGUAUUUUAUGCCGGUCAAAGCUUUAUAAUCAACAGGAAUCAUUGAUUUUUGGCCUGUGUGGCCAUGCGGCACAUCAUAGUUGUGUGCAAGAAAUGUACACGGAAUCCGAUAAAAAACUCCAAUGUCCACGUUGCGAUAACGAAAUCCAUCAAACGAAACCCGUUGAAUUGGCCAAGCCAAAUGAUUGCUUUUAUGAAAAUAAUGCCAAUGAUAGUUGUAGUCUUACGUUGCAAUUAGAAGCACCGCCACGUUCAAUCGGCUGAUGGUGAUCGACAUUCACUUCAAAUGUUACAAAUUGUCAAUCUAAACGUUUAUUGUAGCCAAUUUAAACAAAUUUAACUCUCCAAAAAUUAAAUCAGAUUUAUUCACAGAACAA